ACUUCAGGCAGAAACCGGGAGGCUGCAGCCGCGAGGUCGCGCUGCUCCGCGGGUCCAGACCUCACGCUGCACACCCGCGCUCUGGCGCCCCUGUACUACCAGCUAGAGAGCUCGGUCCCGGGACCCGGGGGUGCGGGGCCCGGGGGUGCGGGUGGAGCUGCUGCGGGGAUGGUGGAGAGCCGGAGCCUGGUCCAGAGGGAGGCGGUGUACCGCUGGUUCUCCGGCCUCUCCUCGGCCCAGAGAGCCGGGUUCCUGUGCGGCCUGCUGGACCUGUGCGUGCCCAUCGAGCUGCGUUUCCUCGGGUCGUGCCUGGAGGACCUGGCCCGCAAGGACCAGCGCUCCCUGCGGGACGCGGAGAUCCGCGCCAACAACCCCGCGGACCUGGCCGGCCUGGCCGACGUGACAGACGAGGUGGUGCGCAGCAAGCUGCUGGUGUCGCUGGCGCUGCUGGGCUCCGACAGCCGCGAGGCGGCCGGGGUGCUGUUCCGGACCCUCACGCACAUCGACACGGUCAUCAACAACUACGGGCUGACGCUGAACGACGGGCGCACGGAGGAGCAGUUCCUGCUGCUGUUCACCAUGGCCUCCAACCACCCCGCCUUCAGCUUCCACCAGAAGCAGGUGCUGAGGCAGCAGCUGGGACACAUCCAGAGCAUCCUGCAGGCCAGCAGCGGAGGAGGAGGAGGAGGAGAAGCUCCAGCGACGGGACCCGCUGGCAUCUGUAACGCUCCCACACACCAGCAGUACUUCUGUGAGACUGUGUCCACGUCUCAGGCCUCGCUGUCCAGCACUCCUCCCGCCCUGCCCGACGCCUACCUGCCUCCAGCCGCCUGCACCACAGGCUGCCCCUGCUGGCACAAGACCCAGACCAAAGAGGCCGGGACAAUCUCAGGGGUUGCAUUGGCCCACGGAGACCAAGCCACGAGCCAGGAGCUCCCUUCUCCCCACCCAGACCUCCGUCCUCCUCUUCCAACAACCCAUCAUCCUCCGUCGCUACCUGCUGGACAGGGCCCAGACGCAGCAGCCCCAACCAAGAGCCACCAAGGGAAAGCAGGAAAAGCGGUGAUUGAGAGAGUGGUGCUGAGAGGAAUGACACACAAGUCAGAGGACGCCAAGGAUUUUGUGUUCGAGGUAAACUGGUCUGAUGGCUUUGUGUCGACUGUUGUCAGAACUCAACAGGAGGUGGCAGAACUGAUGACACAGCUGUCACAGGUGUUUCCUGACGAAGGACUGGAGAAGUUCCUCCCUCCGUCUUUAGAGGUGGACCCCAGGUGUUUGACAGGCCUGCCCUGCCACGUCCUCCAGCACCCCAGCGUCCAGCUGUUCUUCACCUCCAACAGGCCUCUGCUGCCCAGCUGUCCCUCCUCUCCCCCCUCCUCCAUCCCGCAUCUACCAUCCUCCUUUCCCAGCACUCCUGCUGUCCCGACCUGCCCAUUCAUCUCAAGCUCAAGUCUUGACUGUAUGUUGCAGUACAGAGGAGCUAACAGGGCGCUGUACAGAGUGGCCAGUGUUCAGCCCGUCAUCAGCACCCACAACUCCGUCUUGACCCGCUCCACUCCCCACCUCUCCUCCCCGCCCCCUCCCCUUCCUCUCCCUCCCUCCAUUGCUACUCCCAUGCAGCCCCCCCAGCUGUCCUCCCUGGCCACACGGAGCUCCACGGCCGGCGCCGGGGACGCCCCCCCCCAGCCGCAUCACACUCAGCCCCACUCGUACCCGCCGUCUCAGCCGGACUCCCAGCACCUCUUCCAUCCCACCACGCAGCCUCAGCCGCUGCACCUGUCCCACCCCCAGCAGACUCCCCACUCACAUUCCCAGCUCCGCUCCCAGCCCCACACUCAGCCCGGCCCCCUCGAGCAGAACGGCAUCCUAGACUGGCUCCGCAGGCUCCGGCUCCACAAGUAUUACCCCGUCUUCAAACAGCUCACCAUGGAGGAGUUCCUGGCACUAACAGAGGAGGACCUUAACAAGUACGACCUUACUCAAGGAGCGAAGAAGAAACUCAAGACCCAACUUGAGCUGCAGAAAUCAGCAGACAGGGAGAUGAAGCUGGAGAAGCGGCUCUGCAGCGGCAUCGCCAGGGUGACUCCUUCCAGCCACACGGGGCUUUCAGCUCACCCCACCUCUGCUGCAGGCGAGCUGCGAGUGGAGGUGGACGGCCAGCCGCAUCAUCAUCCCGUCUCCACGGACAGCAGCUCGUCGGGCUACUCCAGCUCCUCCUGCUCCCCUCGGACGCCGCACUGCUGUGACUCCAGCUUCGACAGGACCAGAGACGUUCACAGGCGUGUGCUGGGUCCAGACGCAGCAGCAGGGACUGCCAUGAAGGACCGGUCCGGCCUCUUCGUCCUGAACUCCAGCUGCCCCGCCGGCUCCAGUCGCCCCACGGCCCAGGUUCUCCCGGUCCAGACGGAUCCAGCUCCUGCUCUGCCCCCGUCCUGCUCCUUCGGCCUCCCCCCCUCGCCCUACCACCCUCCGGCCGGUUACCCUCAGUCCCUGCUCUCCGCGGCUCUCAACCCGGCCCGCAUCCUGGCCUCCCCGCGGAAGCCCCGGCCCUCCCCGCUGUGCCCGGACGACCGGUCCAAGCCCCUCCCCGCAGGGGGCGCCGGCUUCACCCCCGGGGGCGCGGCGGGCGUGCGGCUGGAGACCCUGCUGGGGGGGCUCAGCGUGGACGGCUCCUCGGGGCUCCAGGACUCGGUGGGUUGUCGGGGCCGGCCGGUGGGGGCGGUGGGUCUGAUGGUGGAGACCAGCUCUGCUCUGACCUCCACCUCCAACAGCCUCCACCACGUCUCCCAGCCCCCCCUGCUCUUCCACCUGUCCUCCUCUGCAUCCCCCUCUCCCUCCGGAUUCUACUCCUACCCCCCCAUCCCCUCGUCCUCCUCGUCCCUGUCCUACACCUGCACCUCUGCCAAGCCUUGCUCUCAGUCCGGCAGCAUCAGCAGUGCUGGGAGUUACGUUUCCAUGGUGACUACUAGCUCCGUUCCCGUGGCUACGGUCCCCGGCAACGCCUACUACCCAGCCCGCCCGACCUCCAGCCCCUCCCCGUCCCCGUCCUCUGGUUCUUCCCUGGACCAGAGUUCAGGCCACAGCCUCUCCAUGUGUGUCUGCAGCUCUUGCGGUUGCCGAGGGAACUGCGGCGCCUACGGGGCGCUGCCCGGAUACACGGCGUCUGGAUACCUGCAGCCGUUCUCCGCCGGGCCCUCCCUCUUCACCCUGGGUCCUCUGCUCCACCUCAGCCCCCUCAUAGCCUCCUCCAGCGCCACCAGCCCCGCGCCCUUCUCCUACCCCAUGAUGGUCCCGCCUCCUCUCUACCGCCACGGCUUCGCAUCGCACGAUCAGCAGCAGGGCUUCGGCUUCUACCAGCCCCACAGCAUCAUGGGAAACGUAGGCCAGAAACGGACAGCAGGAAACCUGUCGUGUUACAACUGCGGGGGCAGCGGACACCGAGCGGAGGACUGCAAGCAGCCGCCGGUGGAUUCAGGACAGCAGGGGACCUUUCGUCUGCGGUACAGUCCUCGAGCGGACAGUAAGGACUCGGGGGACUAGUCAGCAGCAGCAGGGCUGUUCCCGACGCAACCGUACCUCAGGUUCCCGCCCAAGGCGGCGGCCCGCCGCCACAGAGCCCAGGACUGGACCAGGAGACAGCGGGGCUGCUGCUCAGAGCAGUGAAGCACAGCGUGUCUGUCGAGACUGUUGACGGAGGAGUGGGACGCCUCGCGUCCCCUUUGACCCGGCUCACAGGGAGACGACAGCAGGACACCAGAGAAAGACAAACUCACACACGCCUCAGAGAGCUGGCCGUCAGCAAACGCUGUCCCCCAGCGUGUCAGACACUAACCAACACUGGUGUUUGCUGCAGUCCUGCUGCACCAGGGUCUCAGAAGCAGCUCCCCGCCACACGGGGGGGGGUUGGUCUCAUGGAUAAUUCUCAAACCAAAGCACCUUCCCCAAUAUCUAUGAAAACUGAGUCUGGUGCAGCAUUUUUUUCUCUCAUUUGAAUGAAAUCAUGCACUUUUUCUGACGGACUGGACCUACACAGUCCCUCAGAAACGUGCACGGUCAGUAUUACCGCUGCGUUAACUGUAUCCGCUGCUGGACCGUGUGUACGAAGCGCGAUCAGGUUUGGGUUCCCUGCUCUCGAGUUUUCCCACAAACUGACAGACAAAUACACGGAUUAAGUUAGAGGUUUUAAAGGUCCAGACAUUUCAGCGGCGUCAGACAACAAUUAUGUUGCCAUCUAACUCUUAUGAAGCAAUAGGAAACUCCUGGAUGCAGGUUGUUUCGGUAGUUACACCCGUAAAACCUACUUUUUUCUGCCAAGUCUCUCUAUGCAGAGGGCUCAGACCGCCGGUGCACUUCCUCUCUAGCUUCGUCUCACACGAGGACUUGAGGAAUCCCUUCACAAGGAAGCAGUGGCAACGCCUGCUCUCUGUACACCUGUUUUGCAGACGGUUGCAGCUGUUUUGGUUCUGUGGAUCAAAGCGGCGAGAGGCCGCACUUCCCAGACACAUUUAAAUAUACAAAGGAAGGAAUGCUUUGAUUGGUCCAGCGUGUGACGAGGUGGAACUCAACCAGCGGUGACGGCUGCUGCAGAGGAAACUGCAGCAGCCGUCUCCCUGGACCACAGGCUGUAAAUGUGGAAGGAUGGCGAACGGGAAGUUCGGGGUCCGGGUUCGUAUUAUUGUUCUUAGCUUUACCUUGGUUCGUGGGAGGCGUCUGUGUCCUGAGGCCGUCGCAUCUUCAGCCCUUCUACCUCAAACACAGCCUGAAAGCAAAGAAAGACGUGCUCAUGUGACCAGCGCUGGUCAGUACCAGCUAAGGACUCUAUUGUUUUUAUACACGCUAAGAAUCAAAUGUCUGUAGUCUGAAGUUUACAUCCGAGUGCCUAAACAUUUUAAAGUGCCAUUUUUCCUCUUUCUCAGUCUCACCUGUCUCUACACACUUCAGUGUAAAGCAGCGAGUUGCUGUCGCUGGCAGAUACUGAACUGCCUCGUGUUGUGCCUCAGGUGCUGUUCAGGAGUAAGGGAUGGAGGGAGGGAUGGAGGGAGGAGUGUGUUUUAGUCUCCGUUAUUGGAUGAGCUGCUGGGCUGGACCCAGGUCAGUGGAGACGCCAGCGUAGCUGGUUCUCCAGACGAAACUCUGUCUGAACCCCUGGAGGGCGAGAGACCAGGGUGAGGGAUGCCUAUUUAAAAUGAUCAUUUACUAAACCUACGUAACAACUUGCGUCUGUUGUUUUUAAUAAGGAAGCAGCGUGUUUUUAUAUUUUUAUUCUACGAUGUCGUCGGGGUUGUUUAUGAAGCAAUUGAUGAGUUGAAUGUUGGUUUAAAUUACAAAAGUGCAAACGUCUUCAUCGACGUGCUCACUGACAAAAGCAAAUAGUUGGGUAGAAAUAAUGUGUAAAUCUGGCCGUUAAUCGCUUACUUUUGUAGAUUUUACCAAAAAUGUGGUCAUGCAGACUGAACGUCUGCAUGACUGUGGCGAAGGUUUCCAGCAUGCAUGUUAAUUGUGCUUUUUCAAGUAUUUCAUUAUGAAUGUUUGAAUGUAGUUGCCCAUUUCUAUUGUAUAUUACAUUUUAUACAGUCUAUUGUAUUUUUUAAACGUAAUUAUUCUUAUUUUGUCUGCCAUUUAAGUUGAUUAAGACAAAAACUGUUUGAAAAAUACAAUUUUUCCGGUUCUGCCUUCCAUCCGUGUGUCCAUGUGUUCAUUGAGUUACCGGGAAAGUCGGGAAUUUUUAAUUUGAUGAAAACGGUUUCUUAAACGGUCAAUAACCCAUCUGUGCUAAAUGAGACCUCAAAGGAGAAGUUUUUUGUUUUUUUUUUAUAAUAAAAAGUUGAUACAAUUUCCAGAAGAAGAGGAGCAUCAUGACAGCUGGCCUUUCCUGGUUCCUCUACAGCGGGUAGAUUCAGAUGCGGUUUCCCUCCUCACGCAUCCCCCUCUUUCUAAUUUUUAGUGUGACAGCUUUGCAGUUUUUAAAGUUACAGGGAAAGUAUCAUGACGUGGUGAAGCAUAUUUUCCUGCUCAAUCUGGCUGAUGUCCCAGUUCCCUGUAAACGUGAAGCACACAGGGAUGGAUGUGUUUUUGCAAGUCACCUUUAUUCAUACAGAACCUUUUUCACACAAAGAAAACCCAAAGCACUCCACAAAUGUAGAAAUAUGAUGAAUAUAUUUUUUUUUUUAAAUUCAACAUCUGAAGCAAAAGAAUAUAAUUAAAAGACAAGGGGGGAGAUGUGCUGAAUGAAAUGAUCUCAAGUGAAAUCAAACAUUCAAUAGUUUCAAUAA